ACUAACCCUGUGUACAUGUUUGUUUGUGGUGGUUGCAAUAGAUUUGUUUGUGCGUAGAAAGCGUAAAUUAUUGCAACGAAAAAUCUAAACGUAAAAAUUUUGCACAACAUAAAACGAGUGUCAUUUGCAAAUCAUAUACGCAAUAGCAGCAGCAGCGAAGCAGCAGAAUGGACAUCAUGGACAUACAGGCUGUCGAAUCGAAGCUAAGUGACGUCACAGUGACACCAAUACCGCGCUCGCAGGUGCAAAACUUCUACAACUAUCAGCAGCAGCGCGAACAGCGCGAGCAGCAACCACAAAUCCAAAUCUCUGCUAUACAUCAUUCGCGCAGCGGCGGCAACACCAGCGCUGGCAGCGCUGCCAGCAACAGUGACUAUGUGAACAACAGCGGCAACAGCAACGCCAUCAGCAGCAGCGGCGGUGGCGGUGGCAGCAAACGUGAUCGAAACGCAUCGAGCAGCGCUGCAGCCACCGCAGCUGCUGCGGCCGCCGUUGCCGCAUUGCAAUAUUCGCCGCAAUUUCUGCAGGCUCAGCUCGCCCUGCUCCAGAAGCAAUCGAACACCACUGCCACACCGUCCGCUUCGUCUGCCGCUGCAGCAGCGGCGGCGGCUCUAUCCCUGGCCAACAUAGCAGCGGCCAGCAAUGGACGUAAUCUCUCCAGCACCAGCACGAACAGCAACAACAACAGUAACAAUAAUAACAUCAACAGCAACAGCAAUGGAAAUGGCAAUGGGAAUGCUGUCAACCUCAAUCUCGGCCUGAAUCUGACACAAUCCCAGCUCAAAUACCCGCCCCCAUCCACAUCGCCGGCAGUGGUGACCACCCAGACGUCGGCCAAUAUCACCACACCGCUGACCUCCACCGCCAAUCUGCCGACAGCGGGCAGCGUCGGCAGCAAUGGCCUGAGCAAGUACGCCCAGCUGCUGACCGUGAUCGAGGAGAUGGGCCGUGAUAUACGUCCCACAUAUACGGGAUCGCGCAGCUCGACGGAGCGACUGAAGCGUGGCAUUGUCCAUGCCCGUAUCCUGGUGCGCGAGUGCCUCAUGGAAACGGAGCGUGCGGCCCGUCAAUGAGAGGAGGAGGAGUGCGGCAUGCCGCAGCUAAAGUCACCCGAUUAAGCUACACACUAGACUACACUAGAUUACUACACUACACUACACUACAAUCAGAGAACUCUACAUUGCACUACACAAGACACGCACUCAACAUGGGCAUGGUGAAAAGGAAUCUAGCAUUUAAGUGUGACCAGACUCUUGUGACGAUUCUAUUCUUUACUUUUUCUUCUAUUUCUUUUCGUUGCAAUUUCAUGAAUCGAUGGAUCCUUGAGCAAUGUUGUCGUCUAUAUAUGAGAUCGAUCCGUGACCAAAUCGACCCCAGACACAGCAUGCUCAAGCCCGUCGAUGUUUUGGCUAUGAUAUUUGCUUUCACUGUGCCUGCUAAAAGUAACGAGUUAAAGUAGCGGAUAGCGAGUUAUUGACUCUGCUCGUUAGCUUUAACUGAUUAUUGCUUUGACUUAUUAUUUAAGUGUAUUAUUAUGAUUAUAACAUUUCAUUAUUAAACAAUA